CCAAACGAUACUUGAUGUCAUACGUUGGUGUAUUGUUCGUACAUAUGAUUGCCCUGUGCCCCGCUGUGAGAUCAACGAGCAGUGAAUAUAUACCUAAUCUAUGCAGCAGUGUGAUGCCAUACGAGUACAGAGCAGAGUAAACUGCUUAUGAUGAUAGUCACCAUCACGCUCAUAUCGAUCUAGCGCAAUUCCUGUGUAGAAAGAACCAAGAAAGAGCAGUUUUAAAGCGCUGAAACAAAAAUGUUACGACCGAAGGCGCUCUCGCAGGUCCUCGGGCAGGCCAACACCGGCGGCGUUGAAAAUACACUAUUGUUAAAUCCCGAAGGGUCACUGCUGGCAUACAGCGGCUACGGCGAUAACGAUGCCCGCGUCACUGCCGCCAUCGCCAGUAAUAUUUGGUGCGCAUACGAGAAGAACGGCAUGAACGUAUUCCGCGAAGAUAGGCCACAGGUGAUUCUGAUGGAGUGCCUGGAGGGCCGGAUUGCCAUUACUCAGGUGGCACAUUUGCUCCUCUGUUUAUACGCGCGAAACACGGUGGGUUUCGGUAUGCUGAAGGAAAAAGCAAAUGCACUAGCAAUCUAUUUGGAGACACCUUUAAAGAAGAUUGUCUCCUCUUGAUGAUAAUGAUGAUGGUGAUGAUAUUGAAUGAAAAUGGAGAAUAAGAGCAAUUCUAAUAAUAUACAUAAUUUUAUUAUUCUAAA